AGUCCACUUGGCUAGGCGUUGUGCUCGGAGGCUAAACAUCCCUCGUUGGCAUUUUUCUUUCUAAACAAAGUAAAACAGUCGGAUUGGCUUUGGUAGAGUAUCGUUUUAUGUGGUAAUUAACAGCCUCGGACUUACUUUGUAUUACCCGUUUGUGCGAGAAUGGGUUUUUAAUCGUUUUGUGUUAGCUGGCUAGCUAGCAAGCUAACAGCUAGUUGAGGUUGUUUUGGUUAUUAAUGUGAACAUUAACGGCACGUCGACGGUGUCUCGUUUUGGCUUCCAGUGCUCAUACCUUGCACCGAAAGGUGUAUUUGAUAUUGCCCGGGCUAAUUAGAAAUAUACAUUUCAUUUAUUUGAUUUUCACACAGGAUAGAGUGGAUGUAAAUCGUGGGAAGUGUGCCAGCUAGCUGGUUAGCUAAUGCUAACGUCAAACGGCGUUCGCCUAGCUUGAGAUACCUUUGUUGGGGACCGUUUGGUUUGUCCCGUGCCCCGAAAAGUGGACGUUUGGUGAGCUUAAAAAGCUCUCUGUGAACCAGACCCAAUGCGUGGGAUGAUGGGGACCCAGAGUAGUCCAGUCAAAAGUUACGAUUAUCUCCUGAAAUUCCUUUUGGUGGGAGACAGCGAUGUUGGAAAGGGAGAAAUCUUGGACAGUUUACAAGACGGAUCGGUAGAGUCUCCCUAUGCCUACAGCAGUGGGAUUGAUUAUAAAACCACCACAAUCCUGCUGGAUGGGAGGAGAGUGAAAUUGGAGUUAUGGGACACGUCGGGACAGGGCAGAUUCUGCACCAUCUUCAGGUCUUAUUCUCGUGGAGCACAGGGCAUCCUGCUUGUGUAUGACAUCACUAAUGGCUGGUCGUUUGAUGGCAUUGACCGCUGGAUACGGGAAAUUGACGAGCAUGCCCCGGGUGUACCCAGGAUCCUGGUGGGAAAUCGGCUUCACCUGGCUUUCAAGCGGCAGGUGCCAACCGAGCAAGCAAGGGCUUAUGCAGAAAAGAACAGCAUGACUUUCUUUGAGGUCAGUCCGCUGUGCAACUUCAACGUCAUCGAAUCCUUCACAGAACUUUCGCGCAUUGUGCUGAUGAGGCACGGGAUGGAGAAGUUCUGGAGGCCCAAUAAAGUCUUCAGCCUCCAAGAUCUGUGCUGCCGUUCAAUCGUCUCCUGCACACCGGUGCACCUUAUCGACAAGCUGCCUCUUCCUGUGGCCAUUAAGUCCCACCUCAAGUCUUUCUCCAUGGCCAAUGGCAUGAAUGCAGUCAUGAUGCAUGGACGCUCCUACUCAGUAGCUAACAGCUCCGCCUCGGGCGGAAGUGGCGGCGGAAGUAAAGCCAACAGUCUGAAACGCUCAAAGUCCUUCAGGCCUCCACAGAGUCCUCCGAAGAGCUCGUCGUCAUCCUCUAAGGGGAACUGUAAGAUUUCAUAGUGAAGGAAUGGACUCCGUAGGGCCAGUAUUAAAGGUGUUGUUGCUCCCAGAUGUCACAAGGCCGUGGAGGAGCACGGAGAGAGCCACCAGCAUUCUUCACCAGAAUCCGACAUAGCUGUGAACUGACAGAGACCUUGGGAAACUGCCUGGGAUGGUUGGAUUGGUUUCUGUCCUUUGCGCUUGCUGGUGCCAUCUUGUGGAUGCCCGUUUACCCGUACUCUUUGCUACAGAGGCUCACUAUGAUCAAGAAGAACAAGAUUUCCUUGGGACCAACAGAUUUGAAUCAAGGAUUAUCACUCACCUGUAAACACUACAAAUGAGUGGAGGGACAUGAGCUUGUUAUUUUUUUUAAAUUUUGAGAUGGAUUGUUUAUUGUAUUUAAAGUUGUAAAUAUGCUGUAUGUGCUAGUUGUUUUGGCCUGUGUUUGGUGAUUGAUUCUGGAGAGGAGCUUCUUAUGCUUGUUUUGUCUUGAAUGUUUUGGGAGACCCGCUUUGGUGUACAACUUAACUGUGUGUCUUCUGCCCUUUGUGUAUUAUGGAAAUUUCCCUUCGUAACGUGAAGGGUGCAGCGCUCCUUAUUUAAAAGAUUAGUUAUGUUUUAAAUAAGACUGGCUUUAAUUGAAUGUCAUCAGAAGAGCAGGGCUAGUUUCCCGCACAGACUAGUGUUGGAUUUAAGAAAAAUGACAACACAAUUGCCCAUUGAAAAUUAUACUUAGUUUAGUUCUACUCAGUCUGAGAAGCUGUCGAGCCAAGUUUCUUUCCUGUGCCCCUUUUAAUGUCAAAUGAAUUCACCCUCCAUCUCCCCCUGGUCAUCAGUUUGAACAUUUGUUGACUUUCUCAGGCCAUUUUUGCCUCAAAUCUAAUAUCCUUAGUCGUGUCAUUCCUCUAACCGGUUUAAACAACUGCAUGAUCAAUUUAAAUAUAUUGAGAUGAAUUGGUGCUGAUGAGGAAACCUUAUACGAUCUCAGAUUGUUUGCUCAGUCACGGUGUUUUGCCUUCAGAAAGUGCUGCAAUGGUGUCUUGGUUCCUAACAGGAACUUGUAAACUCACAGGGACAUUGGUGAAAGGAAUUUUGUUCAUUUAAUUGCUUUUUGGACAUUUUAUGUAUAUGCAAUGUAUUAUGAAUGUAAAAUACUCAUCUGCUACUUUGCUGUGGCUCUGUGGUAAUAUGUGGGUGUUUAAGAAUCAGAGGUGGGAAGUUUACAUCUGCUAAUGUAAUAUUUUUUGUUAAGCAUUGAAUAUUUGUUCUUUGGCCACAUGAUUUAAUUCUUAUUUUAUUACCUUUGUGAAAAUGUGUGUAAAAUCAUUUUUUAAAAAAAGAAGCAAUUUGUUUUAACUUGAACAUGUCCUCGCUGCCUUAAAUUUUUAAGUUGACUGAAUUUCAGAGGACAAGUCGAAUCAACUUAAAGUUAGCCAAAUUAAAAAUUUUAAGCCAGCCCAGACACUAACUUUCUAAAGUUAAAACAAAUAGCUUUUUUACAAAGUGAGGAAGGGGUGGUCAUUUAUGGGAGAGAGUCAUGUAAUGCCAGAUGAGCUUGAAGACUUAAGAAAGCAUUGUUUUGUUUUUUUAAAAAUCAGAGCCACCCAAUGAUAAUGUCUCUUAUAAUAAUUAAAUAAGCUGCAGAAAUACUUGUAUUCAUAUGUAAAGUCUCAGUUUUCUUUCCACCUCUGAUUAACAUGUGCUGUAUGUCCACUUCAACAUUCCCAGUGUCAUGCUAAUGACACCGUCAUCAAGGGCAUAAAAAAAAUCGGUGCAUGUUUUUCUACUGGUGCCUGUUUUACAAUGGUGUAUUGAGAUCAGUACAAUGGGGCCCAACGCAUUUAAAGCACUAUAUGUAAACAUUUGAUAAUGAUUGUUGCUAACAGAUCUGUGUGUCUAAAGGUUUGGAUACGGGAUUACUUAUGAUUUUUCUCCACUGAAAACAGUCAACCAACAAAAUAAAGGGUAAAGCUAUACAAA